AUGGCGGAUAUUGAGAAACACAUCAACAAUGAGCAAGAGUCUCCUCAGCCUGCCUCUUCCAUCGCCUCGGCCGACUACACGCACAUCAACGAAAAGAAGCUUCUCCGCAAACUCGAUUGGAGAUUACUGCCAGGUGUCUCCCUCCUCUAUCUCGUCUCCUUCCUCGACCGAAGCAACGUCGCCAAUGCACGUCUCGAAGGCUUGACCACCGACCUUGGCAUGACUGGCAACGAAUACCUUACCGGUCUCACCGUCUUCUUCAUCGGUUACAUAUCUCUUGAAGUCGUCUGGAAUUUGAUCUUGAAGAGAAUCGGACCUAGGAUUUGGCUACCUGCUGUUACAAUCGUUUGGGGUAUUGUCACAACUCUGCAAGGUGUUCUGGUCAACAAGGUUGGGUUCUUUGUUAUCAGAACUGCUUUGGGAAUUUCUGAGGGCGCACUGUUUCCUGGUGUCGUCUUUUAUCUGAGUAUGUGGUAUAAGAGAGAAGAAAGAACUUAUAGAGUGGCGUUGUUCUUCUCCGCUGCAAGUUUGGCUGGCGCGUUUGGUGGUAUUCUUGCAUAUGGUAUCAGCUUUAUGAGAGGCACAGCAGGCAAGGAAGGUUGGGCUUGGAUCUUCAUUCUCGAGGGCAUUGCAACUGUGCUCAUCGGAGUCGCCGCAUUCUGGUUCAUCGUCGACUGGCCUCAGAAGAGUACCUUCCUUGCUCCUGAUGAAAAAGCCUACGUCGAGGCACGCCUCAAGGCCGAUAGUGAUGCUUCUAACACCGAACAGUUUGAAUGGUCCGAAGUCUGGAAAGCAUUCAGAGACCCUAAGGUCUGGCUAUACUGCGCUCACUUCCACACCUUGAGUCUGCCGCUUUACACACUUUCUCUAUUCUUGCCUUCCAUCAUCAAGUCGCUCGGCUACACUGCCUCCAACGCCCAACUUCUCUCCAUUCCACCUUAUGCCCUCGCGACCACUUUGACAGUCAUCUACGCAAUCACAGCCGAAAAGUUCCGUCGCAGAAACGUCUUCAUCAUGACCUCGUCUCUAACAGGAAUAAUCGGCUACAUCAUCCUCAUCGCAAACACCUCUCCUGUAAAACACCCCGGUGUCUCUUACGUCGGCACAUUCUUCGCCGCAGCAGGCAUCUACCCCUCCACCGCUCUCGCCCUCUCCCUCCCAGCCAUAAACGUAUCGGGACAGACGAAAAGAGCCACAGCGACAGGCAUGCAGAUUACCAUUGGCAAUCUAGGAGCUGUAUUGGGAACGCAAUUGUAUAGAACUGAGACGGCACCGAGAUAUGUGUUGGGACAUUCGUUUGCAUUGGGGUAUCUGUGUUUGAAUGUCAUUGUUGCGGGAACCACUUGGUGGGUUUUGCAUAGAGAGAACAAGAAGAGGGAUGUGUUGGAGGCGGAGACUGUGCAGAGGAAAGAGGGAGGUUGGGGUGCCGAGGGUGAUGAUGAUGUUAGAUGGAGGUUUACUACUUAGAUUGGGAGGAAGGAC